AUGGCAGAUUUAUGUACAAAUACCCGAAGAAAGUGCAAAGGUUUCAGAAGGGGGCCGCAGUUCGGACUAUGGAUGUGGUGUAUAGUACUGAAUUGUUUUAUUUGUUUACCAUGUAUUUUUUCAAAGUGUCUGGGAGUAAACAUAUCGGUUGCCGUGUACCCUGAUACUAUGAUCAAACUCCUCUAUGGCCAACCUCUGGAGAUCUUCUGCGUGGCUGAAAACUAUACUGCUGAAGACUUGGAGUUUCACUUCGGUGGACAAGUUAUUGCAUCAGAAAAAGUGAAUGCAACCACCCGGAGGUUGUAUAUUGAAAAUUUGGAGAAAAAGGUAUACACAUUUUACUGUAGGAAUAAUGUGACAAACAAACAAUGCACCAGUAGAGUGCUGGUGGACGAACCUCCCUCAAAUGUUACUGACUUUGGCUGUAUAUCAAAGAACCUUGAUGAACUGAACUGUACCUGGACUUCUCCAGAGGUUUACAGUAUAAUAACAUACCGGUUAUCCUUCAAUAUAUAUGGAAACACAUUUGAACCUUGUGAAGCAAAACGUAUUGGUAAAUUAAGGUAUUGUUCCUGGAGUACCACAAGUCAACCCAGGUACAAACAGAUGGAAACCCAUUAUUAUUUCAACUUAUCAUCUUGCAAUUAUUUUGGUUGUAUUGAACAGAACUUUACCAUUGACCAUUUCUCUGUUGUAAAGCCGGAUGCCCCAGAACAACUGAAGGUAUUAAAGUUUGACCCCCACAAUGUACUACUUCAGUGGAAGAUCCCUAACAACAUGUAUGAUUUUUUGCCAUGUGCAGUUGUGCAUAGGAUAGAAUACCAAAUUGCUAAAAUAGAUAACACAGCAUACUUCCGAAGUGUUGAUGCUACUAUGUUACCGCCAAAAAACAAGACAUAUACAUUUCUCCUCUCAAACUUACCAUAUGCUCAUAUGUCUUAUGAGGUACGAAUUUAUAUAAAGUCAGAAUUGGCUACUGAAGAUAAAUUCUGGUCUGAUUUCACUUAUGUAUUGUUUACAACAGCAAGUGAGAGUCCUCAGCGACCACCUGAUACCAUUGCUGGAGCAUUUGUUCAAUCAAUUUAUGAAAAUUACCGAGUUUUAUAUGUGUAUUGGAAACAGCUGGAAGAAUAUGAAGAGGCUGGCGCAAACUUUACCUAUAAAGUUGUAGCUACAACAGGCUCUAAGAACCCACAGACCUGGCACCCAGAUAAAAACAAAAGUUUGAGUUAUGUUGAACUAAAUCGUGCAACUUUAGAUGCUAUAGAUGUUACCAUUUGGUCCACUAAUGCAGUAGGCUCAUCUGUAAACAGCAGUCAUCUUUAUAUACCAUCUAAAUAUGACAGUGAAGUUUUAAGUGUGUCAUCUUUCACAAAACUUGCUUAUGAAAAUGGCACAUACAAAUUAUCUUGGGUUGGUGUCAAGGAAAUUGAUAACUAUACACUUUUCUGGUGUCAGCAUAAUACUAGUCAAAUUUGUACAGGACGUAUGAACUUCACUGUCCUGGAUCCAAAACAGAACAACCAUGUUAUUGAUUUACCAAGAGACAGUAGAUAUCAAUUUGCAAUAUCAGCUAACAGUGGCUCUAAAACAAGUGGCAUGACAUGGGCAUCCUGUGAUAUCUCUAAAGAUGGAAUACCAAUGUAUGGAUUCCCUGUGAAAGUGAAUCAUGAUGCUCCAGGGAAGACAUUUGUUCAAAUUACUUGGACAAUGUCUUGUACCUUACAGGAAGGUAUUAUAAAAGGAUAUCUUAUCACCUAUUGCCCAGUUCUAAACACAAGCAAUGUGUGUGACACCACUUACGAAAAUAAAUCUACAUACUAUGUAUCAAACCCUUCACAGAAGGAAAUAAACAUAACUGAUCUUAAACCUUAUACAACAUAUCUUUUUACCUUGGCUCUGAAUACUACCUAUGGUUUGAAGACAAUUGAAAAUGCUUCCACCGGAGUGACAACUAUUGAGGAUACACCAACAAGUCCAAGGAAUGUGCGCAUUACAGAUGUUCAAAGUGACUCCUUAAUAAUAUCAUGGGAUCCACCAUUGCAUAAAAAUGGUAUCAUUGCUAAAUAUUUUAUUGAAGAUUCGAAAGGCUUAAAGGUUGACAAAAUGGUAGAUAAAAUGACUGAGAAAGAUAAAAACUCCACUAGAAUCUACAUGAAAUUGACUGGUCUUCAGGCAUACCACAACUACACAUUAACUGUAAGUGCAUGCAAUGCGGCUAUUAGGAGUUGUUCUAAACCUAGUCCUGAUUAUGGCAUCUUUGUUAGAACAAGGAUUGGAUCUCCUAGCAUGUUGAGGCCGCCCACAAUAAAAAAUAAACCUGAUUCUUUGAUAUGGGAGCCCCCAGUCAGCCCUGGGGGAUCUGUUGACCUGUACCAAAUAAGAAGGGUAAAGGAUGGAAACAUUAACCGAGACGAGAUUAUAAAUACAACUUCCUUGUCUUAUAGUUUGACACAUUGUGAAGGAGUAGAUGAGAGCGAAACUUAUCAAGUGAGAGCUGUUAAUUUCGACGAAGACCCGUAUUAUGGCAUAUUAGCUGACAGACCUGAAGUAGCUUUGCCUUUAAAACAAAAUAGAAAGUUUCUUGAAUACCCUGGGCCAUGGAGUCCUCCUGCUUCAGUAGCUUGCAGAAGCAAGGAAGGUCUAACUAUGCUUGUUAUUCUGAUAAUUAUAUUUGCUCUCAUAGGUAUGAUGUAUGGCUCUAUAAAAUUGUAUAAAAAGUACAGGAAAAUGGAAGAUAUAAAACCAGUCCUUCCAAGUGGAUUAGGUAUACCUGAGAAAGAUAUUUCCAAAUACGCUUUUGGUGGAUGGAAUCCUACUAAUAAGGACGAUAAGCCAUCUUCUGACGAAAUGUUAUUGCUACCGAACAGUAGAACUACUGUGUCUACUCCAGAAACUAAACAAAAUAGUGAAAACAACUGUGGUUCUAGUGACCACACGGACAGCACUGCACUGUCAGAUACAUCUCGAGGAGCUAUCGAGCGUCAAGCUUCCACAUCGGACGAUGGUUCGGACUCGUCCUUGCAUUUAGAAGUUGAGCCCGUGAGGACUGAUGAUAAUAAUGCAACGCAAGACGAGGAUUCUUCAAAUUCCGAAACUGACAAUUCUAGAGAAAAUUCUCCUUACUUCAGUGACAAAUCAUUUAAGAAAAAUCCUAGUGGCUAUGUGCAGUCAGUAGCGCCCGUCGUAAACCCGGUAAGCGGUUACGUACAAUCAGCGCCGGCACCACAUACAAGCCCUAUUGCAAAACCAGCGUCGCAGCCUACCACCUCAAGUUAUGUGAUGGCUGCACUGGCACCGCCGAUAUUCACUACUGGAGUAGCGCCGCCUAGCGUCCCAAGUCAACCACCAGCCUCAUCGGGCUACGUGAUGCCGGAAGACGCACAAGCGAAGUCAAUGAUGAAUUUCCCCAAGUUAGGGCCUUCGCCUACUAAAGUUUUCGGGUCUGAAAGCUUGCCGAUUAUGCCGACCUUGCCACAGCCAGUGAAAUCCGGCGCCGACAGCAGCUAUAUUCAAUUGCAGUCCUUAGACGCCUUGCCUAGUCAUAAACAACCGGUACGGAAUACAGUGCCGUUAAAACCACCGACGUCGAACGGUUACGUGAGCCCCGGAGACGCGGUCAUAAACAAGCACCUCAACAACAUGCUGUCGGGCGGCCAGCUCGAGGAGUCCGCGAUACUGGACCCGACAAUGUCUCCCGACGCGUACUGCAGAUUUUCUUGGAGCACUGACCCUGCGAAUGACAAUCUUCACUCGUUACUCUCCGACUCGCACACGUUGAACUUGUCGAAAAAUUGA